AACUUCUUCGACUUCUACAAGAUAAUAGAGUUAAACAUUUCCCAAGGAUAAUAUCUUAUAUAAUUGAUCCAUUUAGUAUUGGUGUUGAGAAGGCUCUUGCAGUGGAGUGGAGUGGAGCACCGAUUCAGAGCAGAUGAAGAAGAAGAAGCUGGAGGAGGAGAAGAAAUCGGACCGUUGGGUGCCUCCACGGUGAAUCCUCGCCGCCGCCGACAACAGUGAUACAAAAUCCUAGCUGACAUUUCUUCCAUCUCCAGCAUGCGCUUUCCUAAACCUCACCCUUGUGCCCGGCUUCACUCCCAGCUGCCGGCCCUUCUCAGAAAUUCACCUUUCUCUUCUCUCUCCGCCGCCUCGCCCUCCGGCGCUAGCAUCGCCGACAAAGCCAUAGCCAUCCUCAAACGCCACCAAACCAUCCACCUCGAACCUUUGUCUCCCCAAUUUACCCCUCAAUCGGCCUCCUAUUUACUCCUCUGCUCCCAGUUCGACAAAACCCUAACCCUAAGGUUCAUCGGCUGGGCUCGAAACCGUGCUUUCUUCGAUUCCCGAUGCAAGUGUCUCGCCCUCCAUGUCCUCACCAGGUUCAAGCUCUACAAGACCGCUCAGUCCCUCGCCGAAGACCUCGCCGUCGACGUUGCCGACGGGACCGGCGAGGUCGUUUUUCAGUGCCUCAAGGAGACUUACCAUGUCUGCAAUUCGAGCUCGGCAGUUUUCGAUCUCGUGGUAAAGUCCUAUUGUCACUUGAACAUGAUUGAAAAAGCUAGGCACACUAUUCGCUUAGCUCAACUGAAUGGCUUUAUGCCUACCGUACUGUCGUAUAAUUCAGUUCUUGAGGCAAUAAUUAGGUCUCACGGCUCCAUUGCAUUGGCUGAGGAAUUCUACCAGGAAAUGAAGAACAGUGGUAUUUCGCCAAAUGUAUUUACAUACAAUAUACUGAUCAGGGGUUUUUGCGGGGUUAAGGAAUUGGAUAGGAGUUUGAGGUUGUUCAGUGAAAUGGAACGAAGUGGGUGUUUCCCCAAUGUGGUUACUUUUAAUACCUUAACAGAUGCAUACUGUAAGAUGGGUAGGAUUGAUGAUGCGUUGGGGUUGUUAAAAUCAUUGCCAGAUAGGGGUUUGGAGCCAAAUGUGAUUUCAUACAAUAUAAUGAUCAAUGGGUUGUGUAGAGAAGAGAGGAUGAAGGAGACAGGAGAGUUUCUUGAGGAAAUGAGGUGGAGAGGGUUUGUACCUAAUGAGGUGACAUAUAACACCCUUGUCAAUGGUUAUUGUAGAGAAGGUAAUUUUCAUCAAGCUCUUGUUUUGCAUGCGGAGAUGGUGAAGAAUGGUCUCUCUCCAAAUGUUGUUACAUACACUUCACUGAUCCACGGUAUGUGUAAGGCAGGGAACCUAAAGCGAGCAAUGGAAUUCUUUGAUCAGAUACAUGCUAGGGGACUUCAUCCAAAUGAGAGAACAUAUACAACGCUAAUUGAUGGCUUCUCCCAGCAGGGAUUCUUGAAGGAAGCUUAUCGCCUUCUGAAUGAAAUGACUGAAUGUGGAUUUUCACCUUCCAUUGUUACAUACAAUACACUAAUCAAUGGACACUGUGUAUUGGGGAGGGUGGAAGAGGCUUUAGGAGUUAUUGAAGAUAUGGUACGGAGAGGAUUGGCCCCAGAUGUUGUGACUUAUAGUACAAUCAUUUCUGGUUUUUGCAAAAAUCAUGAGUUGGACAAGGCCUUCCAAAUAAAACAGGAGAUGGUGAAGAAAGGAAUUUUACCAGAUGCUGUUACCUAUUCAUCAUUGAUUCAGGGUCUGUGCCAGCAGAGAAGACUAAGCGAAGCAUGUGAUCUUUUCCAGGAGAUGUUGAGAAUGAAUCUUCCUCCAGAUGAAUGCACUUAUACUACCUUGAUAAAUGCUUAUUGUGCAGAAGGGGAUGUCAGAAGUGCUCUUCGUCUGCAUGAUGAAAUGAUCAAAAAGGGCUUCCUUCCAGAUGUUGUUACCUAUAACGUGCUAAUAAAUGGGCUUAGCAAACAAGCUCGGACAAGGGAGGCAAAGAAGCUUCUCUUCAAGCUGUAUUAUGAGGAAUCCAUUCCAAAUGAUGUCACAUAUAAUACACUGAUAGAAAAUUGUGCUAAUACUGAAUUUAAGAAUGCUGUAGCUCUCAUGAAGGGAUUCUGCAUGCAAGGUUUGAUGAACGAAGCAGAUCAGGUCUUUGAUUCAAUGCUUCAAAGAAACCACAAGCCUAAUGCAGCAGCUUACAAUGUCAUUAUACAUGGUCAUUGUAGGGGUGGAAAUUUGCGUAAGGCAUUCAAUCUGUACAAAGAAAUGGUUCAUUAUGGAUUUGUACCUCAUACAGUUACUGUAAUUGCUCUGAUUAAAGAACUUUUUAAAGAAGGGAGAAGUGAGGAUAUGAGUCUAGUUCUUGGGAACACACUGAGGAGCUGUAGGCUUACUGAUGCUGAACUUGCAAAAGCCCUGGUUGAGGUCAACCACAAAGCAGGGAACAUGAAUGCAGUUUUUAAUCUUCUUACAGAAAUGGCCAAGGAUGGGCUUCUCCCAACUAGUGGUUAAACUUGCUUGGAGAUGUCUGUAUGACUUGCUAGUUUUUUGAUUGGGGACCCUGAACAUUUUCUUUGCCUAAUAACCAGAGGAGGAAGGUGACAAGUAGGGGACCUUGUUUAUAUUCAAUUAUUCUUCUGAACAAUUUUGAAGGAGCUGCAGAGAUUUGUGUGGAGGAAGCCCUUACCAUUCCCUCCUACCCUUCUGGCUUUUAGUAGGUUGUUCAAGAGCUGAUGACAGCUUGUACAUAGUUGAUAAGGCAUGUGAGCGAUAACAGGUUGGUCGUUCACAAUAAUUUUACAUUCAACAUCACGGCAACGAAUGGCUGGCUGGUUUCACUCUUAAUAUAGAUAAUCAACAGUACUUAUUUUUAUUGGAUAUUAAAGAUUUGGACUUACACAUCAAUUGGCAUAUUUUGCCCUCCACGUAUGUGUGUGGCAGAUUAAUGAAAGUGAAGUUGCAAAAAAAUCCAGGAAUUCGCUUCCCUUCUUUAUUAGUUAGCUUUUCAUGUAACAAAUUGUACUGUGGGUUUGGCAUCUGUUCUUAAUAUUUUGAAGUGGAUAACCAAACAGCUAUCUUAAUUUAAGUUUUAUAUACAAGUAUCCAGAGUAGCUAGGUGCUAGAGGUAAAAGAACUUGCACUUGGGUGUCACAUCUGUUCCAUUUAUUUCAUGAAAUGGGCCACCAACAUCCAGUUUUAAUUUCAAUAUGGAAGAUUAUCCUUGUGGUUGUUUGGGUUUCCGCUCAUUUUGCAGAUUUUAAGGCCUAGCUUGAAAUGAUUGGUGUUAUUUCACUU